AAAAAUCAAUAAAAAUGCGAGAUAUUGGACCACUGGUUGGUGCUAUAGACCAGGGAACCAGUUCGACCAGGUUUCUGGUAUUUACCGCACAAACCGGUGAAUUGGUAACCUAUCAUCAGAUGGAAGUCAAACGUAUUAUGCCGAUCGAGGGAUGGGUAGAACAGGACCCGAUCCAGAUAUAUAACUCAGUGGUCGAGUGUAUCGACAUUGUGGCACAUAAACUACAGGGACUGGACAUUGAUAUUAAAGAUAUUAAAUGUAUUGGAUUAACCAACCAAAGAGAGUCAACAAUUAUUUGGGAUAAAUAUACAGGCCACCCAUUUUACAAUUGCAUUGUAUGGUUGGACAAUAGGACAAGUGAGUUGGUUGAUAUCAUACUCGAUCACAUACCGGGUCGUGAUUUAAAUUGGUUUAAACCAAAGACAGGACUUCCUAUAUCAACAUAUUUUAGUGCAUUGAAGCUCAAGUGGCUCAUCGAUAAUAUUCCUGGUAUUAAAGCAGCUAUUGUUGAGAAACGUUUAUUGUUUGGGACGGUUGACUCGUGGCUCUUAUGGAAGCUAACGGGUCAGCACCGGACAGAUGUAACAAAUGCCAGCCGAACACUACUUAUGGAUUUAGAGACACUUGAAUGGGAUCCAUAUUUAUUGGACUUCUUUAAGAUACCAAAAUAUAUAUUACCUGAAAUCAAGGCCUCAUCUGAUUAUUUUGGAGAAAUUAUUACCGGAGCUUUGACGGGAAUUCCCAUUACAGGAGUAAUUGGUGAUCAAAGUGGUGCACUGGUAGGCCAAAAGUGUUUUGAGAUUGGUCAGGCAAAGGUAACCUAUGGAACGGGAUGUUUUCUUAUUCAAAACAUAGGUCCCGGUCCAAUACACGGGGCACUCAAGGGUGUAUCAAAAGAUGCCAUUCGCUCGUUGGUUACAACAGUUGCCUAUAAAAUAGGUUCAGAACCUGUCUGUUAUGCAUUGGAAGGUAGUGUUGCCAUAGCAGGUGCUGCAGUCACUUGGCUUAGGGAUAAUCUGGAAUUGAUUCAAAGCUAUAAUGAAAUUGAGAGCAUUGCCAGUGAGGAUCAAUGUGCCGGCGGAUUGUUUUUUGUGCCCGCAUUUCAAGGUCUAUACGCUCCCUAUUGGGACGCCAACGCCACGGGAACCAUAAUAGGAAUUUCACAGUUUAGUCGAAAAUGUCAUUUAGUUCGGGCAACACUUGAAGGGGUGGCCUUUCAAACAAAUGAUAUCCUUAUGCUUAUGCGUCCCGAUAACAGUGGCAUCAAAGUUGAUGGCGGUAUGAGUGCCAACAACUUAUUGUGUCAAAUCUUAGCCGACAUCAGUGGUUUAGACAUUGUAAGACCCAAGUUUACAGAAGCAACAGCACUGGGGGCUGCUAUGAUGGCCGGACACCAUAUGGGUCUCUGGAAGAUAAUUAAAGAAACGGAUUCAGAAAUUGAUUCAGAUCACGAAAUGGAAAAAACUUUUAUAAGAAAUGGCAAAUCGCAUGACAUAAAGCCCGCGAGCGGAAUACCGGCCAACAAACGAAAUGGACUGAUUCGGUCAAUAAGUCGACGGUUGUCUCAGUCGACUAUCACCCGAAAACUUGAGCGAACCUUUUCGUUGGGUCGGGAUAUUAAGAUAUACGAUAGAAAUUUUGAUGUAUUCCGUCCCAAGUUGGCCGCACCCGUCAGACUUGACCGCAUCAACACUUGGAAACUGGCGGUCAGUCGGUCUCGCAAAUGGAUUCGCGUCGAUAAACAGGAACAGAAACGAACUGAUUAUAAGAGGUUGUCUUCCAUACCAUUCAUGCUAUACGUGUUGAUGUCAUUUGGCACUCAUAUAUUGAGUCAAAGUUUGAUCAAAAAUUAAUUUCAAUUGUAUAACACUAUAAUAAUUAAAUUUGAAAAAAUAACAAUAGAUAUAAUGUUAAUAAUAAUUAAAUCUA